AUGCAUGGAGGUACGCUUCUGUGUGCUGACUAUCAAAUGAGAUUAAAUGAUUUUUAUGGUAAUGGCAAACAAAAAUGGGAAUUGAUCUACAAAGCAACUAGAGAUGGUUUUGGUGGAGAAGACUUUCAUCGCAGUUCGGACAGCGAGGGUCCUACAAUGACUAUUAUACAGACCGUAUCUGGUGGCUAUCUGUUUGGAGGCUAUGCAGAAACAUCUUGGACUUCUGAUGGUAAAUAUAAAUUCGAUCCGGCCGCAUUUCUGUUCACUCUAGAAAACCCAUACGGCAACCAACCGACUAAAUUUUCCAUGAAUCCAAAUGAAAGAAACUCUGUUGGUCAUAACAAAAUGAGUGGUCCCUAUUUUGGAGGAGUCAUUAAAGACAAACAACAUUUCAUUGACAUUUUCAUAGCUGACAAUGCAAACAAAAAUGAACAAUCACGCUGUGAAUUUCCUUCAACUUAUAUGGAUACUACCGGCAAGGGUGAAAAACUUUUUACCGGAACAAAGAACUUUACAGUAGAAGAGAUCGAAGUAUAUAGGCUUUGCAAUGCGAUCGCUGAGGACGACGCGAAUCAGGAUGAGGCAGACCAGGAUGAGGCAGACCAG